AUGGAGCUUAUGUCUGACCCUGUAAUGGUGGCGACUGGCCACACCUACGACCGCAGCUGCAUAGAAAAAUGGCUAGCGCAGGGCAACCGGACGUGCCCGGUGACGGGCAUGCGGCUGCGGCACUUGGAGCUGACGCCAAACCAUGCGCUGCGCAACGCGAUACAGGAGUGGGCCAAUGUCAACAGCAUCCAGCUGGCCAAUGGUGGCAACAAGGCCACCACCACUUUCAAGGCGGAGGAGGAGCAGCGCAACAUUUUGCAGGAGAUCAUCAUCGUUCACCAGCAGCAGCUGCAGCACCAGUGGCAGCUGCACCUGCAGCAGCUGAAGCAGCAGCGGCAGCUGCACCAGCGGCAGCUGCACCAGCGGCAGCUGCACCAGCGGCAGCUGCACCAGCGGCAGCUGCACCAGCGGCAGCUGCACCAGCGGCAGCUGCACCAGCGGCAGCUGCACCAGCGGCAGCUGCACCAGCGGCCGCGCAGCAGCCCAACUGAGCGGCAGGGCGCUUGCUCUGCUCUGGGUCAUGAAGAGAUCGUGUGGGCGGUUGAGGUCUUUGGGCGGCGGCUGUUCAGCGCGAGCGCCGACAAGACCAUCCGGGUGUGGGACAUUGACAGCCGCCGCUGCGAGCACGUGCUUGAGGACCACACGCGGCCGGUGCUGUCGCUGGUGAUCAGCGAGGGCAGGCUGUACAGCGGCAGCUACGACUACACCAUCAAGGUGUGGGACGUGGCCACCCUCACGCGCCUCAAGACGCUGACCGGCCACACAGACGCCGUCCGCGCGCUCGCCGUGAGCGAAGGGCGCCUGUUCAGCGGCAGCUACGACGGCACGGUGCGCGUGUGGGACGAGGCGUCGCUGCACUGCCUGGAGAUCCUCAAGGGCCACACGGGCCCCGUGCGCACGCUCGUCCACGCGGCGGGCUGCAUGUUCAGCGGCAGCUACGACAAGAGCGUGCGCGUGUGGGACGUGGAGACGCUCGAGUGCAAGGCGACGCUCACCGGGCACACAGGCGCGGUGCGCGCGCUCGUUGCGUCGCCGGACCACGUGUUCAGCGGCAGCGACGACACGACGGUCAAGGUCUGGGACGCGCGGACGCUCAAGUGCGUGCGCACGCUGGAGGGCCAUGAGGACAAUGUGCGCGUGCUGGCGGUCAGCGAGCGGCUCAUGUUCAGCGGCAGCUGGGACAAGACGAUCCGCGUGUGGGACCUGCGGACGCUUGAUUGCGUCAAGGUGCUGGAGGGGCACACCGAGGCCGUGCUCGCGCUGGCUGUCGGCGCGGGCUGCCUCGUCAGCGGCAGUUACGACACGACCGUGCGGUUCUGGGACCUCAACACGUUCCGCUGCACGCGGAAGUGCGACGGGCACGACGACGCGGUGCGGGUGCUGGCGGCGCACGGGGGGCACGUGUUCAGCGGCAGCUAUGAUGGCACCAUCGGCGUGUGGUGA